GAAUAGAUCUGUAGUAUAAAUUUAGUUCAACCAAAAAAUAAAUAAUCAAAAUGAAUAAAAAUAAGUUAAAUUUAACAAAAUUAAGCCCAUGAACAUUCCAAAAAGAGGAAGCCCAAAUUAAACCUCCAUUUUUUCGACCAAAAAUAUCGAAUUCCUUGUGCAUUGUCAUCUUUGACUAUCGUUUGACAAAGUUGAACUCCGAAACAUUUUCCCGCCAACACAACAUACUUCCUAAAUCCCACCACAAAAUUCAAACAGUUCUUCCUUAAUCAUCAGCAACAUUCAACACGGAAACAGAUAGCAAGCUUGAUUACAAUGGAAGCCAAAGAAGCUGGAUCUUCAAUUGAAUCAAUAAUGGUGUCCUUCAAUACUCGCAUUUCCGAGCUCCAAGAACUCAUUAUCGCUCGAAACAUGUAUCCGGGAAGUACCGUCGCCGAUCUCACGGCGGUUGAUGCGGCGGUCAAAGCUAUGGAACUUCAAGUUCAAUCUAUUAAGGAUAGAUUACGCGAAGAAACCCUAGCUCUUCCCAAAGCCAAGAAAUUGAUUGAAGCAUCUCUUAAGCAGCAGAAAAAGCUGCAGGAGAUGGCAAGUCAGGUUCCUUCUCACUUAACCACGAAAACGAUGUCUUCACUGCCCAACUCUAAUCACCAUUUGCAGUCAGAUUCUUCUAGGGAUGACCUAUCAUCGUUUGGUUCGUUGAAGGUUGAAGAGGAGCCGGUUGUAGUGCCCAAGGAGAAAAAGGGUCGUGCACCUCCGCCUUUGUGGUACAUUUCUGGAGAUGAGUUGGGAUCCCUAUCGUCCUACAUGAGAGGAAGGUUGACCCUGGAGAAAGUCAAUGCUGCUAUUAAUGAUAUGGCAGCAUAUGCUGAAUCAACUGCUCAGCUUAUCUCAGCCCCUAAAAAGAAGUUGCCAGAAAACAUGUGGGAAAGAGCCUUGGAGCUGCGAGAUAUAGCAAUGACUGAAGGAGUUAAAGGAAAGCAUUUUUUUCUUGAGAGUGACAUAAAGGGACCUUCCCUGAAGCUUGACAACACUGGAAAAGCAAUACUGACGGUUCUUCGUCACCUAGGCCGUAUAAGUGAGACAAGGGUUGGACAUCACCGAGUGAUUAUCCUCUCAAAACCUCACUGAAUGAAAUAUGAAGCUCAACCGCUCAACAUUCUUAUCAGUGAUUUCGAAGAUGUCAUAUAGAAUACUAUGUUGAAGUUGUGUGUGGUAGAUUAGCAAUCUCCCAUCAGCAAAGUUGGGAGUAAGUUUACCUUUAUGGCUUUGCUUGUUUGAUAUGAGUAAUUGUUUGUAUACUGAAUUACUUAACUACUAAAGCUAUAAAGCUAUCAUUUAAUCCCACUUUAUAUUUAGUAAGAAAUAAUUGUGGUUAAGAUGCAAAGAGGCUUCCAUUCAAGUUAGCAUUUCAUUGAACUUUAUGUUUGAAUAUCUUGAUUGUUUAAUGGUCUUGGAAUUAUUCUUUUCAUCUUUUUUUAAAAAAAAGCUCAUACAAAGAAAGUUAUGUUCAGAAAGGGAUACCUUAGUUAAACUCACAAGUCACAAUUGUAUUAUGUUGAUAUAAAUUCAAUUAAGAGCCAAUAAGCUUAGAUAUGAAAAACU